CGGCGGCUGCCGCUCGCAUACCGGAGCUGUCCGUGUCCCGGUGCUGCAGCACCGGCCGCUCCGCGCCUCUCCGGUUCGGGUCCCCGGCCAGCCCGGCCCCGCCAUGGGCGGUGGGGCGAAACGGCCCCGCUGAUCGCCGGCAGCCCGGACACCCCGGCUCCUGGGAAUUCGGCUACACAGCAUCCCGGGAGCUCACCUCCGCAGCGUCCCGGCUGCCUGGGAACUCGGCUCUGCUGAUCCCAGCUCCUCGAUAACCCGGUACUCCAGCUGCCCGGGAGCCCACACCCGCAGCACCCCAGCUUCCCGCACCCCAGCUCCGUGGUAACUCUGCACCCCAGCUCCCCGGCACCCCUGCUGCCCCAGCACCCGAGCUUCCCGGCCUCCCGGGACCACAACCAUGGCGUUCAUGGUGAAAAGCAUGGUGGGGGGGCAGCUGAAGAACCUGACCGGUGGCCUGGGUGGCGAGGAGAAGAGCGAGGGCGAGAAGUCUCCAGCUGAGGCACAGGGCAUGACCCGCGAGGAGUACGAGGAAUAUCAGCGGCAGCUGGUGGAGGAGAAGAUGGAGAGAGAUGCCCAAUUUGCCCAGCGCAAGGCGGAGAGGGCGACGUUCAGGUCCCACUUCCGAGACAAGUACAGGCUCCCCAAGAACGAAACAGAUGACAACCAGAUCCAGCUGGUGGGAGGUGACGUGGAGCUGCCCAAAGAGCUGGCCAAGAUGAUCGAGCAGGACAACGAGGAGGAGGAAGAGAAGAACUCGGUUAUCGGCCAGCUCAGCAACAUCCAGAACCUGGACCUUGAUUCCUUGAAAGACAAAGCUUCAGCCACGCUAGAGGACCUGAAGCAAUCGGCUGAGAAAUGCACCGUGAUGUGAUCUAGCUGAUCUCCCCUCCCCAUCAACGUGACGGUGGGGGACAAGGGAGGGGAUGCAGUGAAGGGUCUGGCAGUGGCUAUUGCCUAUAGUGGGGACCCCACUGAUGUUGUCACCCUUGCCUUGUGUGAGUCGGGUCCUCCUUCUGAGCCAUGUGAAGCCUCAAGUCCCUGACCCUGAUGUCCCUGUUGUGUGGUUUUUGUUUUGUUCUCUGGUCUGAGGUAGGAGCAAAAAGCCAGCAUGUGUCCCCCCUGUACCCCAAUGCCUCCCCCUGUGCCCGUGACAGUGGGCGUCUUUAGCGAGAGCUGGGAGAGGUUGCAGGGAAGGAAAGCCUGGAGUGACCUUGGAGUGUUAUUGAACCAUGUCAGCAUGAGAAGGCAAUGGCUUUCCAGCAGAGCGGUGGCCAUACGCCGUGUCUCUGCCUACACAUUUCAAGUGAGCCUCCUAGAAACGACAGGGAAGCUCCAAUUUGCUUUGCAAGGAUGAGGCACAAUGUGAAAUGCCCGCCCCCCCCUCACAUCCCAUACCCAUCAAACAAGAAAUAACAUCCCGUCUGUGCAAGAAAUACGAACCAUUUUGACCUUGAGGGCCCUUCUUAAAGGAGUCAGCCAGGAAGGACCUGCUAUAUAAUCCAGCGGGAAGGGGCUUGUUGAGGACCAGAGGGCUGAAGCCUCAAUUAAUGCCAGAUUGGAAUAAAGCCCCUCCAUGGUGCUCAUCUGAACCCACACCAGCCAUUCCCUGGAGCAGUGGUGGCACCCCCUCCCUCUCCUGGGGUGGGAUCCACUCAUGUCCUUGUUCCUUCCAGGAGAAGAACAAAGUGAUAAGGGAAAAAUCUCCUCCUCCUCUGUCGUGCUGUAGUUAUGCACUGUGCUCACUUGAGUGUCUCUCCACUUCCUAUGCUGUCCCCGUGCCAUGGUAUUGUUAUAACCGGUGGAAUAAAUACCAGGAGAUGUCUAUGCAUUUCUUUCUCUCCUCAA